AUGCGGGACGGCGGGCUAGGGAAGCUCCAGAAGAGGAUGAGAAGGUUUGGGGAUACGUUGAAUCCGGAUGAUGCAUACCUUAGCUAUCACGAUAUCAGGUUGACAAGAGGCGAUUUACAAUCUCUCAAGGAUGACUGGCUUACAGAUAAUAUUAUAUCUUUCUGGGAGGAGUACUUGGAGCGCGAGUUCCUCACAGACUUCAAGUCGUCCAACAUUGUUCUUCUUCGACCGAGCAUGUCCUUUAUGAUCCUACAGACACCAAAUCCACAUUCGCUGCGUGAGGCAUUACCAGACUUCUCACGCACGACGCACGUCUUUCUACCCAUCAACGACUGUCGAAAUGUUUCGGAAGCCGAAGGUGGCACACACUGGUCCCUCCUCUUGAUCUCGAUAGUAGAUGGCAUCGCAUUCCAUUAUGAUUCAUUACCACCAGGAAACUACUGGGAGGCGAAGACAGCCACGAUGAAGUUUGGCGCUCUUCUUAACCGCCCAAUACGGUUCGUUAACCUUGAAGAUUCACCGAUACAGGAGAACGGCAGCGACUGCGGUGUGUUUGUCUGCUUGAGCAUGCGUCACCUCCUCCUGAAACGAUUGCUCAGGGCCAACUCCAACGAGAAGGUCAGCAUGAGCUUAGGUGGAUGGAGAGUAGAUGCACGCUCGGGCCGCAAGGAGAUCGCUAAAAUAAUUGAGACAUUCCGGAAAGAAGGUGAACGGCGAAGAUCAGCUAGUUCAAGUCCUUCAGGGAAGAAAUCGAGGAGUCCGCCACGGAUCGAAUGA